UUGACAAAUAGUUGCGCGGGAAAGAGCGCUGCGAGUGGCAGCGUUUGUGUUUAAAAAAAAAAUUGUCUUUGUUUUUAAAAAUUAAUAGUUUACACUUGUAGUAUUAUUUUGUUUAAAUGUUAUAAUUUAAUUUCAUUGAAUAUUUUGAGUUUUAAAUGAUAAGUGCGUGUAAAUUUUAAGUUUGCUUUGUUGUUGUGAUUUGAAUCCAUUGUUCUGAAUAAUCUGUUUGUUCGAUAUUCAAACAAUUGAUAAAUAAUUAAAUACUUGAUCGAUUUUAAGUACAAUAAUGGCCGACUGGCGGGAUUUUUCGUGAAGUACAAUGUGCCUCCGACAUGGCGAACUCUGACGUCACGGUCCAAGAUGGUCUGAAGCACCCCUACCUCGUGGCGCUCGUUCGCUGGUGCCUGUCGUCCUUCUGGAGCGCCGCCACAGUGGUCCUGCAGCGACUGAUCGCUGCGCGCAUCCCGCGGGUUCAAGCGGCGAAGCAGUGCAAGAGCCGGCCGGCCAGCUAUGGGCACCUGCACCCUGAGCCGCGGGUGGAGUGCGAGGUGCUGCAUGCACCAGCUCCGCAUCACCACACCCUGGACGUGGUCUUCGUACACGGCCUAUACGGAUCACUGGGAAAUACGUGGAGACAAGGCGAAUGGCAAACAAAGUACGAGAAUGGGCCAAAGAAAGUGGCUCUACGAAGACCGCACGCCGUACCUACCUGCAGGUGUACUGAUGAACGAACCAAAUGCUGCAGUGAUAGUGGAAAUGAUAAAAGUCAUCAUGUUACAGAAGAAAGUCAUGAUAUAAUAAAAAAAAACGAAACAAAUAAUACUUAUAAAGAUAUUCGACUAGAUUAUAAUGAAAAAAAUAAAAUUAAAGCCAAUAAUGAAAAUCAUGAUGAAUUAAACAAUGAAACGUAUAACAAUCAAAUGAAGAAUUGCAGUUGUGGUAAAAAUGUUGAAUCAGAAACCGAAUAUGUUAAUAACUCUGCUUAUGGUAAUGUUAAUUGCUGUGACAUUGAAAGAGAUACUAAAAUAAGGCAGAAAAAUUUAAAAGAUGACAUUAAUGUCCGAAACAAUAUCAGCAUUAUUAAAGCAACGGAAAUAAAUAUAAAUAGUGAUAAUAUCUUAGAUUAUAAUACCCGAAUACCAUCUUCGAAUAACCAAAAAAGCAUAAGUGAUAUAGAUGUAACGAAAGAUUAUUUUGAGUUUACAAAUGAUGAAAUAAAUCAUACUAAUCUAUUCAGUAAUGUACAAACUGAUUAUGUCACUUGUAAUAACAGAGAUUUACUUGUAAAUGAAGAAGAUAAAAAUAUAUAUGACAUACAAAAGAUAUUGCCCAAAGAAAACUUGCUUAUAACGGAGAAAUUUUACAACAAUACACUUUUAGAUGACGUGGAUAUUGGUAGCUACGAAACUCAAGCGCAGUUUGUCAAAGACUUGUUUGAAAACAGCGUCAAAGUGACAAGUGAUUGUGAAAGUGAAAGUGGAGUUAAGGCGAGCGACUGCAAGUGCGAAGUGACGUGCGAGCCAGGGUGCGGAUGCAUCUGUGACGACUGCUACUCACCCUGUUGGCCGAGGGACUGGAUAAGGGAGGAUUAUCCUGGCGCGAGGGUGAUAUCGAUCAAUUACACCAGCGACCCUUAUUUGUGGAGACCACUUUGGGUGAAGGAGAGUAAGAGGCUUCGUCUCCACGAGCGCGCAGAGCAGAUGACGUCCCAGCUGCUGGCGCUCGGGGUGGGGGAGCGACCCGUCAUAUGGGUGGGGCACUCCAAGGGGGGGCUGUUCAUCAAGAAGAUCUACUGUGACGCAUAUGAAGCCCAUCUGAAACUUACGAAGAAGAACACAGCCAAAGAAGAAAUAAAUGAACUAAAUACAACUGAAUGUAGACACGAUAAUGAGAUAAAUCAAUGUAAAGACAAACAAACGGACGUGGUUAAUGCAAAUCUAAAUGAAGUUAAUAAUAUAAAAAGCCACCGAAUAAUUGCAACGACAGAUACAAGUAGUAGAACUAAAGAAGUUAUUGAAGGAGUUUAUAAAAAUACUGAUAAUAAUUAUGUAGUUAUAAAUAAUGAUAAUUUUGAAAAACAUUUAAGUAAUAAUAAAUUGGAAAACAUAGAUGUUUUCGAAAAUUUAAAUGAAAUGAAUGCUAAUAAAACCCACCGUAUAGUUGUAACAACAGAUACAAAUAAUGUUUAUAAGAAUAUUGUAGAAGAAGUUAAUAAAAAUAUAGAAAAUAAUGAUAUAGUUGUAAAUAAUGACAGUUGUGAUGAAACUGUCAGUAACAAUAGAUUAGAGAACAGAGAUGUCUUGGAUGACAAUAAAAAACAAAGGAUGGUUGAAGAUUAUGAUAAAAACGGAAACAUUCCUAAUUUAAAGAAUAUUGAUAGUGAAGGAGAUACAAAUCCACUUUCAUGUAUGAAUGAAGCGUCGCUUCUCCGUCGCGCCGGGCUGUGGCGGCGCAGCGCGGGGUUCAUGUUCUACUCCGUGCCGCACCGCGGCUCCCCGCUCGCAGACAUCAAGACACCCAUCACGGCGCGCAGCGUCGAGCUCAUGGAGAUAUGCAAAGGUAUCACAUGACAGAAGCGUCGCUUCUCCGUCGCGCCGGGCUGUGGCGGCGCAGCGCGGGGUUCAUGUUCUACUCCGUGCCGCACCGCGGCUCCCCGCUCGCAGACAUCAAGACACCCAUCACGGCGCGCAGCGUCGAGCUCAUGGAGAUAUGCAAAGGUAUCACAUGACAGAAGCGUCGCUUCUCCGUCGCGCCGGGCUGUGGCGGCGCAGCGCGGGGUUCAUGUUCUACUCCGUGCCGCACCGCGGCUCCCCGCUCGCAGACAUCAAGACACCCAUCACGGCGCGCAGCGUCGAGCUCAUGGAGAUAUGCAAAGGUAUCACAUGACAGAAGCGUCGCUUCUCCGUCGCGCCGGGCUGUGGCGGCGCAGCGCGGGGUUCAUGUUCUACUCCGUGCCGCACCGCGGCUCCCCGCUCGCAGACAUCAAGACACCCAUCACGGCGCGCAGCGUCGAGCUCAUGGAGAUAUGCAAAGAUUGCCCGUUAGUUUUGUCGCUCCAAGACAGCUGGUCGGCCGCCACAGCACCCACCAUGCCGCCAGUUCGCAGUGUGGUGGAGACUUGCCGCACCUUGAUGUCCGUGUUGUACCUACGCAUCGUCAGCGUCGACUCGGCAGACCCCGGCAUCGGCUCGCUGAGCGGCGUGGACGUGGACCACCGGGAGAUCUGCAAGCCGAGCGGCCGCACCUGCCUGUUGUACCGGGAGCUCAUGACGCUCAUGGAGACGGCGCUCCAGCAGCUCCUCCACCAGCAGUGAACACUACCAGGCGUUCAUAAAUCAUAAAUCAUUUAUUGCCAGAAUGUGGUCAUAUACAGAUAUUGUUACAUUUCAAUGCUCAUACACAAUCUGCCUCAUAGGCGUGCAAGCCGAGUACAUUAUUAUAAUUUUUAUUUACUAAUAUUACAAUUGUCAAUUAUUUACAAUGUCAUUUCAUAAAUUAAAGUCAUAUAACAAACAUAAUAAAAUAAAAUUUAACCAAAGUAAUAUUGUCAAAACAUUUACAUUUUAUUGAUAUAAAAUAAUUUGUCAUUAAGGAACUCUGCUACUGUGUAAUAUCCUUUAUUUAAGAGUAUUUUAACCAUUCUUCCUUUGAAUUGCGUAUUUGUUUAUAUACCUUUGCCAGUAUAUGGAGAAUUGUACAAUGUACCUACAUACUUCAAUUUACUGUAUACCAGAUAAUGUACCUAACUAUACAACAAAUAAAUAAAUUGAAUUAUCAUCCGAUAAACGUCCACUGCUGGACAUAGGCCUCUUGCAUGGACUUCCAAAAAUAACGGUCUCGAAAUGCCAGCAUCCAGCGGCGUCCUGUAACCCGCCUUAUGUCCUCGGUCCACCUAUUGGGGUCGAACAAUGCGCUUCCCGAUGCAGGGUCGCCAUUCCAGCACCUUGGAACCCCAACAUCCAUCAGCUCUUCGAAUUCUGUGGCCUGCCCAUUGCCACUUCAGCUUCGCAGCUCGCUGAUCUAUGUCAGUGACUUUGGUUCGUCUGCGGAUCACCUCAUUUCUGAUUCGAUCACGAGAAACUCCAAGCAUAGCUCGCUCCAUCGCCCGCUGAGUGACUUUGAGCCUUCUAAUAAGGCCCAUAGUUAGCGACCAUGACGUUACUAUGCGGAAGUUUAUUUUGAGCUAGUCGUCCGUCUAAUUAAUUGUCGGACUAAUAAGAACAUAUUUAUCCAGUAACUGUACGAAUAAUAUAUUCGUACGGUUGCUGUAUAAAUAAUCACUUACCAUUCUAAGUCUUAAAAAUUAAUAUUUCCAGCAGAAUUCCACCUUCAGUUAUAUAUUAAGUAAAUUGAAUUAUAAUAAUAUAAUGUAAUCUGUAUGACACUGUAAAUAUAUUAUUGUUAUAGAAUUAUAUAUAAAUAGUUUUGUUAAAUAGA